UCGAUUAGAUAGGUUUUUUCUGUUAAGACCGAAUAAUGCUCACCAGACACCCUUCUUCCUUCCGUCGUCCACGUCCUCUCUUUUCCCUUCGACCAAUUCUCUGCCGUUCUAUUUCCCUAGCCAGCUUCAUCGUUCUGUACAAAUCAGUUGUUUCAGCGAUGCCCUUGCCACAAACUCAUCAGUGUAUUAUGCUAUUGUGCCCAUUUGUUUCAGAGCAACCAGAUGCUCAUAGGGAUUUUCGGAAAUAUCAUCUGUGUAUCGCUGCAUCAGUUCUUCUUUCAACAGAGUCCAUGAAAGCUGCGGGUUCCUCUUUCCAAGGCAGGAAGAUAUGCAAAGUUAUGGGCACUGCAAAAUCAUAAUAUGGAUUCCAUGGAUGCACUUAUUAAUUUGGAGGCAUAACUGUUCUCUUCCUCUCUAAUUAAUCCUUCGACUUCUUUCCAAUACUAUACAAAGGCACUUGACUACUUAACAGAGUGCUCCUUUGGGGGUUGCAUUCGAAGGAUGAGGAGAAAAAGGGGCAACAUUUGUCAUGCCUUGAAAGAAGGAAGAAAUAGCCUGCUAAAUAAGAAGACAUUUGGAACUGAAGUUAUAGUGAGAUGUGGCAAGCCUCUACUAUCCAGUAAAAGGGCUGCGAAAUAGGGAGAAAAGAAAUGGAGAUUUUGCCUGUUCUGGAAGAUAAUCCAAUCCUGUUGUCAUAAAAGUGUUAGUUGCAUUCACCUGCUUCUUGUUGAUAAGAGAGUCAAUUUGGUAAUUGGCUUCAUUUGAUUUCUUUGUAGAAAAUUUAUACAUUGUUUGUUUGCAGAAGACUGUCUUUUGUGUUUUCCUCUAUUCUGUGCUUGCUUGGGUUAUCUUCCUCAGCUGAUAAUAUUUAAGUCAAAUGUUUUCUUGUUGUGUAUGUCUGGAUGACCAAAUCUGUUUGGCACCAUAUGCUUUGUCUUUCCCUCUUUCUCUAUCUCUCUCUUAAGGUCAAGCUUUGAUUUUGAUUAGCUAAUUAUAUAUGUCAUUCUCUUCUGUAAUUAUCUUGCUUCUGUUUAAUAUGGAAAUUAUUGCUUUCUCCUUUUGGAGUUGAUUUUGGUUGUAAUAAUGGGGUGGAAAAUUAGGGAUCGUAAAAAUGGUUUCGAGAUGGCGAAGAAUCUUUGUGAAGAAAAAAGUAAGGGAAGUCUCUCUACCCAACUCAAAAGAAAAUCAAUUUCAAAAGCGAUAGUUGGAUUUGAUUAAAGGCUUCUUAAGAUCUGGUAGAAGGGAUUGUUUUAUCAAGGUUAUAUUACAGGGUACUUGUUUAAAUUCUGAUUCGAUGGCUAAUUCAAGUGGUCUGAAGCAUGAUUCACCUUUUCAUAAGAGAAAUCGACAAUCUUUACAUCUGAUAUAGGAUUUAGGUGUCACAUCAGCUCCAUUUAGGUAGAGGCCACUUUUUUGGUCUUCAUUAGUACUUUGGCAAAAAAGUGGGGCCCUUGGUAUAUCUCACUAUUUUUUGUAUUGCGAGGAGCUUCAUGCCUUCUGUAUAUUCACAUUUCAUUUCCCUUUUAAUAAUUGUGUGUGUGUGUGUUUGUGAUUAUACAUAUAUUUGAUAUCGACUGAACUGCUGUGAUGUAUAUGUAAGCAAAUAAAUAUUGUAGUUCCCCAUAUUAGAUUCUUCUCAAUUUUACAGAAUGGAUGUGUGGAAGUAAAAGGAACACUAAAGCAAUUUCAAUUUCCAUGCAUAGCUUUACAACUAAACUUGUGUUUGGGUAUCAACAAUUGUUUUGCCUCUGUUUUUUGCUCAUAUCUCCUGAACAAAAAAUAUUAUCAACCUUUUAAUUUUUUUUUUAAUGCUACUUUGUUUGAGAUUUUUUCAGCUAUCAUCAACAGUAACCAGAAACAAAGUCAAAUCGUUUACAACAGUAUUGUAAAAUUUAUAAGUAAGGAUGGUAAAGAAGGAAGUAACUCCAGGAAGUAGAAAGAGUGCUAGAAUAUCUGCAAUGGAGGAGAAAGCUCGCAUGUUAGCUAUCCAAAAACAGACAAAAGAUGAAGCUAUUUGCGGUGGUGAUGCUAGCAUUACUUCAUCAUCAUCAGCAACUGCUAAAAUGGGGGGCCGCAAGUGCAGAAGUCUCCAAGAAUUCGUCACUAAUUGUGUUACUACCUCUCCUCAUCAGGAAGGAGAAACAAAAUCUGAAGAUAAUGCAUCAAAAGCUGAACAAAUGGAAAACUUGCCUUCUCUGCAAGGGAUGCCGAGUAAACUGACACUGGAGGUUGUCCUUGACAUGCUGCAGGGAGAAACACAUGAAAUUUUUGCACAGCCAGUUGAUCCCCAAGAGGUGGUUGGCUAUGGCAAUAUCAUUAGAGAGCCAAUGGAUUUUGGUACAAUGAGGGCUAAACUUCAGGAAGGGAUGUAUAAAAGUUUGGAACAAUUUGAGCAUGAUGUAUUUCUGAUAUCCAGCAAUGCAAUGAAGUUCAAUUCUUCAACAACUGUUUAUUAUAAAGAGGCUAGAGCUUUAAGUAAAUUGGCUCAGAGUGUUUUCCAUUUUUUGAGAACUAACCCAGAAAACUUUCAAUUGGGGUUCUCGCGGACAAGGAGACAUCCCGGUAGAAAACCACAAAGUGAAGCUGGAGGUUCGCACUCUAGGUCUGCUAAACUUGCUAAUUCCAAAGAUGGUGUUUCCCUUGAUGAUCCAUCUAUCCAGAGAACAGCCGUUUCUUUACCCCAAUUUAAGCCUUACAUUGGCCAAACAAAUGUUGGCAAUUUUCCUGCAGAGUCAAGAGAUGGUACGAUGUUAAAUUCCUCUGAAACUGACAGGCAUAUGACAUACAAGUCUCAGAAUUCCUUCUGCUGGGAAAAUGAGAAGCUUGUUUCAACAGUUUAUAAUGCCCCCAAACCAACUCCCCAUGUUUCAAAUGCAGGCUCCAAACAUCCAGAGAGUCUAUUGAAUUUCAUUAGAAAUCUAGGGGCAGAAGCUCAAAGUGCUGCCAACAAGAAACUAGAAAAAUGUCCAGCCGAACCCCCAAAAAUUCUUUCCUGGACUCCAAAAGCACCAAAACGCCCUUUUGGCGAAACUGCUGAUAUUCGACUUCCUUCACCUGCACUUCGGAAGUCUGCAGCUUAUUUGAAUCAGGUUAAUGGUGGUCAAAUGCCUUACAAUAUCAUUUCUGGCCCUCCUGGUUCUUAUAAAGGAAAGAUGGUCUGUGCCAAUGGAGGAAUUAAUAUUUCUGGAAGACAAUUGAAUCUUCAGAACAGUUUAUCAGGACCAAGGCCUCAGACCACCGAUGGUGGGCUCACUGAUUACAAUGUAGUUGGAGGGCAGGGUCCUAACAAAAGUGGGAUUACAAAUGCUUAUGGUUCUUACAGAUCCAGUGACAAUAUGGACCUUCUCGCAACUCUGACACAAUUCAGUGGUAUUCAAACUCAAGUUAACCACAAUCCAUCAGGCAUGCUUUACCAAGCUAGUAAACUCGCAGGUACGAACAAAGUCACCACUGGAUCCUCCUCAAGUAUUGCUGCUCCGGCUUUUGCAUUAAACCAAAACAAGCUAAUGGAACGGAAACAACCUGCAGAAUCAUGGGAUCUGCCUACAAUAAGCUAUCUUCCUGCCUUGCAAACAGAGGCUGCCAAGCAGAUUCCCCCAGCCCAGAAUGUGGUGUUGCAGCAACAAGUUGCAUCAACUGAAGUAAAAACAAUGAACUUUGUUGGAGGAGCUAAGCCCGAAGGUGAUCAGGCAGAGGCUAUUGCUCAAGGCUUUUGGAACGCUCUAAGGUCUUCCGCAACCGAUAACAAGAAGCAGCCUGAUUUGAAUCUCCAACUUUGAGCUUAAUGCCUCCAUGCCCUGAAUAAGAUGAAGAAGACAUUUUCCUUGUUUGUUUUUAGUAAGACUUGAUAAAUAAAUAAGUAUAUAUAUAAAGAUGAUAUAUUGGAAUUGGCCUCUGGCCUGUUCUUAAAAAUGGGUGGAUGCUAUAGCAGACAUUUAUAGAGUUUGUCCUAAAGUUUUAAAAGAUUCUAUAAUCUGGUUGCCUUCAUCAGGCUCAAACAUCAGAAAGUGAUUUGGUUUUAAUUUAUCUGCUUGAAUCCUUGUGUUGUC